AUGGAUAGGAAGACGACUCUGGAUGUCUGUGCCGCCGCCGCCUCCCUCGCUGCACAACCUCUGGAAAAUGCCGAUGCCUUAAUUGACUCGGUCGAGACUUUCAUCUUUGAUUGUGAUGAUUUUGAAAAAGCUGCCAAUGAUGUAGAAAAAGGAGAAAACAUGAAGAACGAAAUUAAUCUAGCAGAAUUUUUGAUUAGUGGGUUAAUUUGCGAAAUAAAAAAAGCCAUAAUGAGUGAAGCCGAAGCAACUAAUCAAGCUAUAGAACCAUAUAUAACCGAAGAUACUGACACAAAUGAUUAUGCAGAAGCAACAUAUGAAUGUGAAAAACUAAAUAGUAUCGAUGUGAACGUUGAAUUUGACGAAGAUGAAGUUAACGAUGAAAGUAUACUGGGAAAGGUUUUUGAUACACCCGAUGAUGCCUAUACAUUUUAUAAUGAUUAUUCAUUUUUACAUGGAUUUGGUAUACGUAGAGAUGACACAAUUAAAAAUCCUAAAACAAAUGAGUUUUUUCGAAAGAUAUAUGUAUGCAACAAAGAAGGUUUCAAAAGGAUGGACAAAAAUGAUUCAAGUGAAAAUGAGAAAAAACGUCGUAGAGAUGUUAGAACCGGAUGUCAAGCAAAGCUUCGAAUAACAAGACAUGAGGAUGGGAAAUGGUUGGUGGACUCAUUUAAUGACACACACAAUCACGAAUUGACCAUGACACCUACGAAGGUGAUGAAGCAUCGAUCUCAUAGCAGUUUCCACCGUUCAAUAGAAGGUAAAUCUCUUGUGGUGCCAUUUGGUCAAGCAGGGUUGAAACCUUCUCAGAUUAAAAAGGUUGUUAAUAUAAUGAAAACCUCAAAUGUAGCUGAUGUUACUUCAAAGCAAUGUGUCGAUGUCUUAUUUGAGCAACGAAAACAACAUAAAGGAAAGGAGUUCUAUGGACUUAUAAAACAUUUUCAAGAUAAAAUAUUAGUUGAUAGUGACUGGUAUUUUGUUGUGGAUUUGUCUGAUGAUGAGUAUCCUAGAAAUAUCUUUUGGGCUGAUGGUAGAUUAAGAGAUGCUUAUACAAAAUUCAGAGAUGUUGUUGUGUUUGAUGUCACUUAUAUGACUAACAAGUUCAAGAUGCCUUUUGCUCCAUUUACUGGGGUGAAUCAUCAUAGGCAGUCUAUACUUUUUGGUGGAGCAUCGCUUGAAAAUGAAAAGGAAGAGACAUUUGAAUGGUUAUUGGAACAUUUCUUUAAAUGUAUGUUUAACAAGUAUCCAAAGGCAAUUAUAACAGAUCAAGACAAAGCAAUGGGAAAUGCAAUAAAAAAAGUGUUUCUGAAGACUCGACAUCGUUUUUGUUCAUGGCAUAUCAUGAAGCAUGAAACUGAGCACCUUCGAUCGUAUGUUUCCCAUUACAUUGAUUUUCAAGAAACACACAAACAAUGGGUAAAUUGUGACACCAUUGAACAAUUUGAAGCAACAUGGGAAGUUAUGCGUAGUAAGUAUGAACUAGAAAGCAAUAGUUGGAUUAGUGACAUGUAUAACCUACGUAUACAUUGGGCUAAACCCUUCUGGAAGGAUACUUUCUUUGCUGUUGAGUCUCGAAGGGCUGCUGAAGAAGAUGAAGACUUCAAGACUAUGAACUCAAGGCCGGUUCUUUCUUCAGUGCAUCCAAUCGAAGCAAAAGCAGGUCAAUGUUAUACUAGAAAGAUGUUUGAUAAUUUCAAAAAAGAAUGGACUAAAGCUAUUACCAAUUUGAUUCUUUAG